GACACAUUUGCUAAAUGCGGACUCUUGCUGUGUGUUUGUCUUUAUGACAUGAAGCGUAAAGACAGCUAAUCAACACACAAGAAUCCUUACAGUAGCUCUGCAUUUGUUGGAUAUUUUUUUAUAUGUCCGAAAUAAUCGAAGAUUUUACCACCAAUUUACAUCCGUUUGCUGGUGUGGUUUUUCUUCAGAGAACAAUCAUGGCGGAUAGCGAAAUUUCCAGCGCCUUUCAAUUGGCGGAUCCCACAGAUAAGGAACGUUUCUUUACACGGCUAAGGAAAUUAAAUGUCAACGACACAAGAGAAUUGGACUCUUUUCUCGAAGACUACAAAUAUCGCAAGCUUAUUGUAAAUGGUUUCAAUCGAGAUCUAGUGAUCGUCGGCCGUGGCGAGUCGACCGUGUUCGAGGAUUUCACUUUACAAGUGUGGAAAAAAUACUAUAUCGAAGAGGAAGUUGCACAGAUCGGUAUGUUGCAAGGAAGCUUAUCAUUCCCGGUAGAGGGUGUGUUUGUUGGGAAGUCUUCAGGUCGUGUCUAUGUCUGUCAGGAGUGUGAUGAUUACCAAGAACAGUGCAUUGUCUGCAUUGCCUACAGCUUGGAGCAUUUCCUUGUCCGUGGUCCCCAGAAGCUGCUGGAAUACAAUAAACCUCAGUGUUUGUUUGAGAACUGUUAUGGAUGCUUUGAUCCUCUGAUUAAAGACAGAGUUCUAAACUCAAUUGGACUAUAGGUCAUCAGCCAAUAUUUAAAGAGGGAGGGUAAAGCCUACAUCUUAAGUGGAAACCACAGAGACAAAAAAAACAUCAACUAUUACUUUGGUUAUUUUUGAAAGUAUUUUAAAGUGGCUGAAUUUUUGCAAGUGACUUUUGUUGUGGUUGCUGAAUGUGGUUCUGUACUCAUUUUUACUCUCAAAUACUUCAAUUUGAAGAAGUAAGGUGGGUUAAAAAAAUAUCCACUUUCCUGACAACUCUCGGUGAAAUGAUUUUCAAACAAUAACAGUUAAUGUCCAAGGGCAUAAAUAAAUUUUUGGGCCAGCUCAGAGCAACCUUAACCUGAGCCAUUGUGCACAUUUCUGCCCAAGAAAAUAAACUGUAUUACUAUUAUUAUCACUUUGGAUGGACUUGAGUAUUCAAAAAAAAAAAUUGACAUCAAAACAGUAAAAACAAUUAGCUGAGCUUGCUAGUAGGCUAAAGUAUAUUUCAGAAUGCCGAAAUGUAAUUUUUUAGCCAGCACAUUGCACCACAAUGCUCGUCAAAGUGAUACUGUAAUAAUGGUAGUUGAAGAAACAUUUUCUUCUUAUCCAGUAAUACUACAACCAACAAAGUGAUGAAUAUUUGCUAGAAAAACACAAGUUCUGUAUUUCCUAAAACAACAGUUACUUACAAGGCAAUCAGGCUUUCUUCCCUUAUUUUCACUUAAAUUUUUAAACAACUGGAGUUACUUUAAGUUAGGUUCUUGUCUUCAUAGAUCAAGCCAGUUUAGUAAUUGUUAGGUCUCUGGUAUGUUUUUUGUGCUAAAAUUACAAGACAGUUGGUAAAAAGAACUUGUCUGUAAAUGCUGCUUAGUUGAGUACAACAGAACUUAAUUAGAAUAGUUACUGCAACUUGCAACCAAAAAACCUGCUAAGAUAUUGCUACAGUGGUAAAGAAUUUCUCAAACUUGAUGUCACUUCUCUUAUUUGGUUCGGUUCCCAGAACAUUCAAGAUUUGUGAACCUUUGGAACUGUGUAAUAUUCAUAAAUUCCUUCUGUAAAUUGCUUUGAUUCCUGCAUGGCCCAUGCAAUCUUGUGGCUUUCAAAUAGCAUUAAAUUAAUGUUUACAGUAUACAGUACCUUUUUUGUGGUAAAUAAGCAGUCGUCAUGAUCUUAUUUCCACAGAUGUGAAACUUUGUGGCAUAAAUUAUUUGUUUAAAACAUUGUUUCUUUUGGCUGAGUAGUUUUGUUAAUUAGGUUUAUAAUUUUGGGUUGAUGUUUUGAAUACUUAACAGUUAUUCACUAAAGUGGAGGUGAAUGGAGGUGGAUAUUUACUUGGCUGCUUCAUGGCUUUGUAAAUAUCCACCACUUUAACUUACACUGAGGUGAAGAUUUGUUUUGGUUUAUACCACACAGAUGCUAAAAAAGUAGUUAAUAUGUUUAUUUCAAAUGGGCAUAAAUUAAUUUCUUGAUGUGCUCAGAAGUGAAUAAUACUUGCUAUUUACUUUCAAACUAGCCAAUCAGCAUGCAUGAUAAGCACUAUUUGCCUGUGUGGUAUAUACUAAUCAUAGUUAGCCCUGAAAUAGUCACUGUCAGAUGUAUUGAUGUACUUGUAGGCAAGGUAAAGAUCAUAUUUUUGUCCAGAUCUUACCUGAUAGUUCAAUUUAUGGUUUUAUGAUUAACCAGUAACUAUUGAAGAAACUCAGGAAAUUAACAUCUAUUGUAAUAAGUAAUACUAACAAUUUGAGUUAUCCGACAUAGGAUCUUGUCAUUAAAUAUUGGUGAUGAUGCAAAAGCCAGCCCAUGUUUAGAUACCAGAGUAAAGACAGUCGGAGAAAUUUAUCUUGUAUUGGUGUUACUACUCAACCUUUUACUACCUGUAGUGACUAAGGAAGAAUUUGUCCUUACAACGUGAACACAGAAUUAAACUGACUAGUGAUGAAAAGAAAAAGGGAAAAAUUAAUUAAGGUAUAAUUAGUUGAUCCAAUAGCAAAUUCUCCAAACUUUCAUCUUACUGAUUGUAUGGAAGACAGUAGGGAGAGUUAGUUAUAAAGUAAUGGGAGUUUAAGGAUUUAUUACUUUGAAAAUGAUGUAAUAUUUCAAAUUAUAAAUGAAUAAAUGUACUUGACCUAGAGAUCUUUUAAUUAGGUCUCAUCAAGUUUUAAGAAUUUAAUUACUAUGAAAUAAGUCUUUGCAGCAUAGUUUGUAAAUUUAUGCUGUCAGUUGCCAAUCACCAAAAAUAAAAGUUAUUAUAUGAACCAUCUAA